AUCACAACUUGAAGCUUUAAAUCAACAGGUUCGAGUCAUGUUUGAAGCUUUUUUUUAAUCACACAAGGACCACAAAAACUAAGUUUCGCAGUAAGAGGUUUGUGUUGAGCUGUUAGGCUUAACCCUAGGUUAAAAGUAGAUUGGUGUUUUUUUUUCUUUAAAUAAAAACUCGAGUGUUGCACACUUGAGCGUUUUCUUUGCAGAACAAAAUUGCACCACAGCAGCAGCAGCGUCUCAGGGCAGCGUCAUGUUUUCUGACUGCAUUGCCCUUUCAGAGGCGAUGGGCGUUUCUGGACGUAGAUGGCGCUGUUGAGCAUAUAUUUUGUUUCAGUCCCGUUUCCCUCCAUGGUUUCCCCUCUCUCCGACUAACUUGGCGUUCGGCUCAGUUCAUUAUACGGUCCUAUAUUCUCACUCCAUAAGGGCAUAUCUGCCUUUGGACUGAAGAUCACAGCAAAAUCCAAAAGAGAAAACUUUUGACUUUCACCGGGGAAGAUGGACAUGAAGAAGAGGAUCCACUUGGAGCUAAGAAACAGGACACCGUCUGAUGUGCGCGAACUCGUCCUUGAUAAUUGUCGAUCAGUCGAAGGGAAAAUCGAAGGCCUCACAGCUGAGUUUGUCAACCUGGAGUUCCUGAGUUUGAUAAAUGUUGGCUUAAUUUCUGUGUCCAAUCUGCCUAAACUAGGGAAACUGAAAAAGUUGGAGUUGAGCGACAACAGAAUCAGCGGUGGCCUUGAUGCUUUAGCAGAGAAACUCCCAAACCUCACACAUCUAAACCUGAGUGGCAACAAAUUGAAAGACAUCAGCACGUUGGAGCCAUUGAAAAAGCUGGACAACCUGAAGAGUUUGGAUCUGUUCAACUGCGAAGUAACAAACCUUGAUGACUACAGAGAGAGUGUGUUCAAGUUGCUGCCUCAGCUCACCUACCUGGACGGCUAUGACAUUGAGGAUGGGGAAGCCUCCGACUCUGAUGGAGAGGUGGACGGAGAUGGCGUUGAUGAUGAAGAAGAUGAAGAUGGAGAAGAGGAGGAAGAUGAAGAUGGUGAGGAGGAGGACUUUGAUGAGGAAGAGGAGGAUGAGGAAGAUGAGGAGGAAGUAGAAGGAGAGGAAGAUGAUGAGGAAGGCAACAGUGAAGAUGAGGAGGAGGACUUUGGCCAAGAUGGGGAGGUUGACGAGGAGGAUGAUGACGACGAGGAAGAUGAAGAGGAGGCAGAAACAGGCAAAGGCGAGAAGAGAAAGCGAGAUCCAGAAGACGAGGAUGAGGACGACGAUGACGAAGAUGACGAUUAAAAGCAAAACUGAAAAUGAGAGCCGAGUUACUCCCCUCUUUUUACCCCUCACAAACCCGAACGUCCACCCUCCAACAACUCACACUGCGUUUGUAAUCCACAUCUACCCCCCCUCCUCACUCUGCGCUCUUUUUAUGGGCAAGACUGUAACGACGGGUGGGCCGAGUGGAGCUGCCCCCUCCUCCUUCCUCUUUUUAAAAUUUUUUUCUCCCCUUUAAGGAACUGAGAGCCACCUAACACCCCCACCCCACCCAUGGCCCCAGAGGUUCUCAGGCAGCCCACCACUCAGCAUUCCACAGUUUCACUGUCGAACCCUCUUUAUGUAUUGCCGUGUGAGGACUUUGGGACUGGUAUCUAGUUUUGGGUCUGUGUUUUUAAUAUUUUGUUGGAUGAAUUACUUUUUUUGUUGUUGCUGGGUUUAUCAUUUCUCUUUUGUCUUUAAUUUUUAUUUUCUGUUCUGUUCCUCAUUUUAUUCCCAAUAAAAUUAUUGCUAUAGCAGUUGUGCAACCAGCAGGCCAUGGUUUUUAGUGUGGCAACCUGUUGCACAAAUCAAGGUUGUAGCUACAUUUUUACUUUCUGUAUGACAAAAAAACAACUUUGUAAAUAAAAUGUUAACAUUUUA